GUAAUCUGUCACGCCAGGCUAAUAUUUCACUGGGUUAAAAAAGUGUUUAUCCAAACAUAGUAACCCGAUGAAGCGAGACGCUGCCAAUGUGCUCAACAGCAAAUGGCUCAAAAUACGGACAGUCGUUCACGAAAAACAGAUCUAGUUAUAACAAGCGAAUAUUUGCGACUUCGCUUGUAUUUCGAGCAGCCUCCGUUGAUAAAAGACAGGCGCUACCAUGCGCGUUUGUAUCAAAAAUGUUUCAUCGGCCGAGAGGUCGUUGACUGGCUUAUUGAACAUUUGGAAGCAAGCGACCGAAUUAUGGCAGUGAAAUGCGUGAGAGCUUUGCAAGAUAUUGGGUUAAUACAUCACGGUAUGAAAUGCUAUAUUCUAUAUGUAUACCUUGGCUUGUGGUGCAUAUAUAACGUGCAUUCGACUCAACUCAGUGAACUGUGCCCAAAUUUGCACGGUUUUGCCUUCCGUGUUUAGACCUGGUUUAGACAGGACAGACGAAUUUUAGCACAGGUUCCGGACGAGUUACAUACAGGCCCAAAUUCGUCUUUGCUCGCGUAUUUUAUAUGCCAAGUAAGGCUAAUAUUAGCCAAUAGACGUACACACAUUUUUACACCAAAUCGGUUGUUGGCAUGUUUAAUAUGCCGGUUUUGGCCGAAUUCAGAAUUUAUGAUAACUCACAUGCCUAGUUACCACUGUUCUCAUAAUGUAAGCAAAGAAUGAAGCCAAUGUUAUACCAUGCAUUCAAAAUAUAUGUGCGAGUAAAUUGUGUAGCAAGGGGUAUGGAUAAUAAGUCCAUGGUUAGCCUACUUGGGUUAUUAUAGUAUAGUAUAAUAUGAAUUUUAUCCGUAAAAAGCCGGGUCUAGGCAAUGCAGUGCAGUUCCGGUUCUGAACAAUAAUGCAUCCGCAUGUAAUUUUAAUAAUAGACUCGGGGGAUAGACAAUAGACUUGUCAUGCAGUUAACCCGUUUUCUAGUCGUUGCUGUCUAGUUUACUCGCAAAUAUAAUUUAAGUUCUUGAAUACCUUUGUUCCAUUCCUUGCUUACAUUAUCAGAACAGUCAGUGGUAACUGGGUAUGCGAGUUUAUUAAAAUGUGAAUUGUAUGGCAAAUGCCGCAGGACAUAAAUUUAUUAAAAUACACUCUGUUUUAAUAUACUCUGUUGUGGCUUAGUCGGCUAGUGAAAAGGCAACAAACUAGUUCAAUUAUAUAGUAAACUUCGUGUUCUCCUUGCAAAAUUUUCAAGCACAUAGUAAUGCCAAUAUAGUUUGUGUCAAUAAUAGAGGAUUUCAAAUAUUUGCGGUUGGCUUACUGUAUUUUGUGCAGCAAAAUGAUGUGGUCAACAGAAAGCUAUCCGAAAGUGAGAAAAUAAUGUUAGCUACAUGUAGUAGUAGGCAUGUAUAUGUGGUGAUUAGAAUUGAUUUACUUGCUUCUUGACCGCCAUUAGCUGGCUUGUAAUCUUACUGAAAUCAAGUUAGCGUCGCGUGCAUAUUGUCACGUUGUACACGAGUACAGUUCUCGUGCGGGAGAUUUUACUGUAAGACAUGCGAUAUUCUAUAAAUUUACUUAAAGUCCAUUUUCUGGCGUUUUGCCAGUAUAGAGUAUCAAAGUUCGAAAAUUGGCCGGUUCGUUUCCCGAUUUGUUCACACAGGUAAUCGUAGUCGAAUUUGUCCGAGCCUUGGUUUCGAUAUAUUAAACAGGCAUUGGCUCUAAAGUAAGCCAAACCUUAUACAUGUAGCCACGGUUUGUGGCUAUAAAAUACGCUUGUUUUUGGCAUAGUGGGGUAUGCCUUAUAGCCUCGGUUUAUGGAUGACAGUAAACACUUUUGUGAGAAAAUCGUUCAUGAUAACCGCUUGUAAAGGUUUGACCGAAGUUUCCAAUGGAUAUUUUGGCCUUUAUUUGCCAAUAUUUCAGAAUUCCGGGUGAUCGAUUUUUGAAAAAUGGUCAUGGAAAAGCCAUAAAAUUAUUAUACAUGGGACGAGGUAUUACGGACUCUAGCUGCAUGAAGACAUUUAAAAGAGAUUUUCUGUUUUGUCUUUGCAAAGCCAAGAGGUGAAGAGGGCAAAGGUGUGACAUGCUUAUCGAAUUAGAUACUUCUAUUGUUUGAGUUUUGAUAGACAAAAUAUACGGACAAAUGCAGGUAUAAAUCGUAUAAUGAAUAGCCGAAUUCAUAUUAGGGACGGGAAACUCGUCUGUGAAAACCCGUCUGAAUAUGAAUUUAGGGACGGAUAAAUUCGAAUUUAAGACGAGUUUCCCGUCUAGAUGGGACCCGUCUAACUUUCCCGUCUGUUUAGACGGGUAAGUUAGACGGGAAAGUUCGGACGGGAAACUCGUCUGCCCCCGGAUUCAUAUUAGACGAGUUUCCCGUCUAAGACGAGUUUCCCGUCCUUAAUAUGAAUUCGGCUAAUAUCUUCUACUCGAAAGAAUGCGGAGAUAGCGGGGUAGUUGUAUUGCAAAGCCAAAUGAUUUUUAAAAUGGCCGUUAUCGUAAACAAAUAAAACGAAUAAUAUGCGCGUCGGAACUGUGAAAACAUUAUCAACCAGAAUAAAAAUCAAAAUCAUGUAGAAUAGAAUUUUCAACAGCACAUGCAGAGGCGCUAUUUGCACAAUCAAGUAAUCCAAUUUAAUUAAGGAUGUAAACGAAAGGAGAUACCCAGGUCAAUCUAAAUUAGAAAAUUAUUUCAUCACUUUAAGUGACAAGCUGCCAAAUUACAAUUAAAAUAGCUACGAUAAAAGAAAUACAAUACAAAACAUGCGAGGAAUCCUAUUAGGUGGUAUUAUGCAAUAAGUCAUGGUUAUAUCACUAUAUUUUAAGGUAGUAAUAUAACUACUCAGCACAGGCAUUUUCACAUUGGUACUACCCACACUGGUCCAGACAGUUUUGGUACUGUGUAAUACUAUGAUAAUAACUUGCCAUCUAUAUUGCAAUAAUGGCGUAAAACAUGUUGGAACCUGCUCAAGAAUUCUGCCCUGCAUGUGACCAUGAUUCGCGUGGCCGCCAACGAACCUACUGUGGUAUUGCUGACAUGUUAGAGACGGCUCUAAAUGUUUCUUUUUGAAAAAGGAUACGUAUUGUCUUGUAGAUAGAAAUUGGUCAUCAGAGGUCAUAUGCAUUAAUUACUACAGACUAAAGAACAAUAGAAAAUACAAACUAUUUAUGAGGGAGUUCGUAAGCAUUAAGUUCACUAUAAAAUUUCUGAUAAAGUUUUGACUUAAAAAUAUCAAGGUUUAUUAAAUUAACUAAUUAUUGAUUUAUUAAAUUAACUAAUUUUGCAUUGAAGCACUGAAUUAUAAUGGUACAUACAAUACAAUUAUGCCCGCCCCCUCGUUAUUUAGCAUAUAAAACGUUUUAAAACUUGUUACAAGAGGCGUGGGAAGCUAUAUCUUUCAAACUACACAAGCAAAGACAUUUGCUUGAUUUUUUUUUCUGCGUUGGUGUAAUGUACUCAGGUGAAUAUGAUGUUUGUGAUGUUACUCUGAGUGUAUAUCCACACCGGACAAGCUUGAAAAAUAUGCCUGGCCUGGUCAAGUAUAAUUUAAACACCUGACAAUUCGAUAGGUGAAUAAUUUGACAGAUUUAAAAAUCUGUAUUCAUAAAUAUUCAGGCUUCAAAAUUGGUUUAUGAAUAGUUUUCGGACCAGUGGCGUCCACGUCAGCUUUUGGGUGUGUUGCUCAGGAAAAUAAAUACUGAUACUUUCCAAAAGUCAAAGUCAACCAAAAUUUCAUCGAUUUUUUCCUGACCUACGAUCAUCAGUUCCAUUUACUUUCAUAUUAAUCUGUUUGAUAGUUUUGUGAGUUAUCUUACUGACAUACAAACGCAUGAACCAAACUGGAAAAUAUGGCACGAGAACAAUGCAUCUAUUUUGAAAAUAUGGCGUGGGAAUAAAGCCGAAAAAUCAAAGGGAACAAGCUGGAGAACACGGCGGAAUCUUUAGGGGGAACAAAGGGAAAAUUCAAAAGGAACAGUCCUGCAAGGACCCUCCCUGGGAGACUCUCAUGACUUCUUGGCAAGAAAAUUCUCCUUCCUUUAAAACAAAAUUACAACAAUUCUUCAUUCCUUAUUAGUAUGUGAUGACCAUGUAUUUAAAGACCAGAUGCUGUUCUACAGAUUUCGUCGAGAUGAUGGUAGUGGUGGUUUUGAUAAGGAAAUACAACUUAUAUUUCAAGCCAUUGACCUUUAUAACAGGUAGACUCUGGAAUUUUUGUAUAAACAAGAUGAAUAAAUUACAACUGUUUCAUAAUGUUUCUGACUGGCUCUUCUUCAUCUUCCAUACCAUCUCAACCUUGCUUCUCUAACCUUCUCAGCAAUGUCUACCAACAAUGUCUCUAACCAACUCUCCUUCAUCUCUUCUUAUUACAUGUCUAUACCAUCUCAACCUUCCUUCCCUGCAAUGUCUACCACCCCACAUCUUCUGAUCUCUUCAUUCAUAAUGUUUCUGACAAGCUCUCCUUCAUCUCUUCUUAUUACGAGUCCAUAACAUCUCGACCUUCCUUCCAUCACCUUCACUGCGAUGUCUACCACCCCACAUCUUCUGAUCUCUUCAUUCCAUAAUGUUUCUGACCAACUCUCCUUCAUCUCUUCUUAUUACGUAUCCAUACCAUCUCAACCUUUCUUUCCUCACCUUCUCUGCAAUGUCUACCACAACACAUUUACUUUUUAUGUCUUCAUUCCAUAAUGUCUCUGACCAGCUCUCCUUCAUCUCUUCGUAUUACAUUUAUGUCUUCAUUCCAUAAUGUCUCUGACCAGCUCUCCUUCAUCUCUUCGUAUUACAUGUUCAUACCAUCUGCUUCCUUCACCUUUUCUGCAAUGUCUACCACUUCACAUCAUCUUUUGAUCUCUUCAUUCAAUAAUGUCUGUGACAAGGUCUUCUUUCAUCUCUUCUUAUUGCAUCUUCAUACGAUCUCAACAUUGUUUACCUCACCUUCUCUGCAAUGCCUUUCACUCCACGUCUACUUUUGUUCUCUCCAUUCCAUAAUGUCUCUGAUCAGCUCUCCUUCAUCUCUUCUUAUUGCAUGUUCAUACCAUCUCAACCUUGUUUCCCUCACCUUCCCGGCAAUGCCUUCCACUUCGAUCCACAUCUACUUUUGUUCUCUUCAUUCCAUAAUGUCUCUGAUCAGCUCUCCUUCAUCUCUUCUUAUUGCAUGUUCAUACCAUCUCAACCUUGUUUCCCUCACCUUCUCUGAAUGUCUACCACUCCACGUCUUCUGGUGUCCUUAUUCCUCUCAUGUUGUCCUUCAGCGAAACGCAGAGAAAGAUUUCUAACGUUUAGUAAUUUUUUUUAAAGAAUUUUAGCAGAUCAAAAGAAGUUCGUAGUAUUACAAGAUAUUCAGUACAACGAUCAAGUUUUCAAAACGUGUUUCCUCGCGCGUCGCUUCGUUGACUGGUUGGUUGUAAAUGCUGAGAUUCAGUCACGUGAUGAAGGUGUGGAAAUCGGUAAAGCGUUUCUUCGGACUGGUGUUAUUAAACAAUGUAAGUGAGCGUUGAAAAAAUAUUACCCUAAAUAAACUAAAAACUUGCUUAUUCUGGAUAGCUAGCUGAUUUUAUUUAGUAUACUGGAUCAGUUAUAAAGUCUUUUCCCUGGAGGACCAGUAAGUACAUAUCCCUUAUUGAUCCAGUGUUACUGCAGGAAAAAACCUUAACAAAACUAACUUUAUUUAUACUGGAUAGCUCUAUCGGUUCUAAACUGUUUUCAUUUCUAAGCAGUUUUCGUAUCCCUUGUUGCUCCAGUGUUAUAACAGGAAGAAACCUUAAUAACUUUAUUUAUACUAGACAGCUCUGUAAGUUCUAAACUGUUUUCCCUAGAAAUCCAGUAAGAGCAAUCCCUUAUUGCUCCAAUGUCACUUAACUUUAUUGACUUUAUUUAUACAGGAUAGCUCUAACAGUUCUAAACUGUUCUCCCUAGAUAGCUAGACAUCCAGUAAGAGCUAUCCCUUAUUGUUCCAGUGUUGCUACAGGAGGAAACCUGAACUUAACAAAUUUAUUCAUACUGGAUAGCUGUUCUCCUUAAAAAUGCAGUAAGAACAAUUCUAUAUUAAUCUUAAGUUUGUUCACAAUAAAUACAAUAAGAAAACCGUUCCUUAUUUACAAAAUAUACAUUUACUAGUAUCGCCUGGCCCCAGUUUCCAAGAUGAUAAUCUCUACUAUCAGUUUACCGUCGAAGAUAUGAAAAGUUGUAAACUAAUGAACGUGGUCAACACAAGCGACUCUGACAACAACAACAACAACAAUAACAAUAACAACAACAAUAAAAAUAACAAACAAAGUACCGCAUCAACCCAGAAUGAUGCAACACAGAAAAGAAACAUUGUUCGAUUUUAUGACGAUAUGGCCAAGUUUCAGAUAAACAAGUCAAAAGGUUUGUGUUCGAUUGAAGCAAGUUUUGUUAAAAUAUUGUAGCCCAAACAGCUAUUUUAAAAAGAGCCAUAAAAACAUUAGUUUUAUGUGGAAGUUAUUUAAGCUUACGUUUCGUUGCGUCUUGGAAUAUUUUAAGGUACUAACAUGUGAUACAUAAUAAACGAGAGAGCGUUUAUUAAACUGGCGUAUAAAAUCUUAAAGAUAAAUUUAAGGCGAUAGUUUAGGACAACGAUAGGGAUAACUAAAUUUAUAUAAUAGAUAGUUCUAUCACUGCCAAAUAGUUAUUCAGAAGUCCAGUAGGAGCCAUUCUUCGCAACAGGAGGAAACCUAAACUACACUAACUUUAUUUAUACUGGGAUUUCAUAGCUCUAUCAGUUCUAAACAAUUCUCCCUAGAGGCCAAGUAAGGAGCCCUUAUUCGUCCGGUGUUGCUACAAAAGAAGUACCCAGUGAAAAUAUGCGGUGUUUCGUGGGGUCUAUAUUAAGAAUUUUUCAAUAGUGCACACGCACACUUCAGAGAAAAGGUAUGCCAUUUAAGGAAAUUUAGAAGUCCUCACUCAUUUUCACCGGUGGUGGAAGAAUUGUGACCAUAUUUUACGCAUGUGCAGGGAUCCUCCUUUUGGAAAUUUGGAAAUCUGAAACUAGGGCGUCAAUCUAUCUCGAAAAGGGCGGACUCCAAACUAGGAAGGUCCGGAGGUAUCCUACCCGAAAUCUUUUUCUAAAUUUUGUUACACUGAAAUGGCAUUCCCAGCGUUGUGGAGGCACUUAUAAAGUUAUAUUACAAUGUGCAUGAUCUUAAAUCCAUGUUUAACCAUGUGAGAAAUCCGCUAAGAACCAACAUGUCCUAGCCUGUGAACAGACGUUACUCUCGACGAAGCCUAACAUGUCCUCACCCUUAUUUUAAUGCUAAUAAUCUGUUAAAUUAACCAUUUGCCUUAUUUUGAUGAUAAUCAUCUAUGUAAGGGAAACUCAGUUAAAACGCAAUUAUUUUUAAGUAUUUACAAUUUUACAUAAUAUAUUUGCUCCCAGCGACUACAAAAAGAUCAUACGUUGUACUUCUUCUUAUUAAAUGUCCUCCUUUCAAUCACAAUUUUUGAUGAACAGCAUACCAUGCAUUAGGUUUUUAGAUAACCAAAAAACAAAAUUUCAUUAAACGUGUCAAAAAGUAGGGGGGAUAAUUAGAUAUUCGUCCCCCCCCACUCCAAAAACUGGGGAGACGCGUACCCCCCAUCCCCCCCCCAGGAUUGACGCCCAUGAUCUGAAAUUCCGUUUCCUCCAUUUUGGGGAUAUUUUAAUAAAAAUUCCAAAGGUAGCAAAUCUCAAUUUUGAAAAGUUUCUUAUGUAACUUCUGUCUGGAUAUCCUCCUAAUCUGCAGUAUUUUAUAAAUCUAUACGGCUUUGUAUAAAUAUCAAGCCCCAUUCAAUCAUUCAUUUCGGCCGAACACAGCCUUCUAGCUAAGACUGUGCCGUAAAAUGUGGUUUGUGCCGUAAAAUGUGGUUUGUGCCUUUGUUCGCCGUUGCUAUAGCACUGUCUUGUAAUACGAAGUUGAAACUGAAAAUUUCAAUUUUUCACACUUUGACAUUCAACAAUUGCACAUUUUUCAGUCGAUACUAGACAAAAUGUGCAACUGCAAUACUGCACACUAGAAUAGGCUCUGCUGUUUAGAAUAAUUCUUCAGACAAGCGAUGAAAUUUAAGUAUACCAAUCUUAAUUCUUUCCCAAGAGAUGAACAGACGACGUUACUCAAGUUUUGAAACACCGCCAAAUACUCCACCAUCACAUAUGGACAAUAAUCCAAUUUCUCCCAGACCAGGUAUUAAAUAUAAGCCAUUUGUAAUUCAUCUACUUUUUAAACUUCAACAGUAUUUCAGGUAAUUCGGCGUCAUCGUCAGGACUGAACUACAGUAGUUCAAGUCUUACUGAACUGAUGGGAUGAGAUGGGACUAAGGAUUGUUGGAGUUCAAUGCAUGAAUACAAAUGUACUCCUUUUUGUUCUAACUGAUAGCUUCAGGUUACUAAAACCAUGCUUUAUGGACUCAUCUUAAAGACUAAAUAAACAUUAAGUCUUACGUUUGUACCAGAGCUCAAGUACGUGGCAAUAAUCCUUGCAGUACCAGUGAAAUACACACUGCUUAAAAUCUUGAGUUAUCACAACCUGUUUUUGCUCUAUUAUAUAUCUCUGUAGUAUGAUACCUAUUUCAGGUAUAAAUAGUAAAUGGUUUCUUAUGACUAGUUGAGAUUGAAAAAAGUAUAAUUCCUCAAAAUAUAUUCUAGUCGUUCUUAGAAACGUAUCAGUCGAAGAACUGGAGGACAAAAGAAAUCCGUACGUCAUGACAAAAAUAUCUGUAAGUUGCAGUUGUUUCUGGGACCUUUUCCUUCUCAUAUUUACUAUCACUGGCCACCGUGAACGUAUGCGUAUUUGGCUCAGUGAUAUAGUCUGUAUAAAACCAAUCAGCCAAUUUUUUGGUCGAGAGUUGCAUGGGUGUUCACUGGAUAUUAGAGCGUUUAACCAAUUGAGCACCAACGCUCUCGAUGUCUGGCGAUAGACAGAGUAAAAUAAUAAUAAAGUAGGGCGUAUUGUGGCACGACACAUGGACAGAUAGUGUGAUUGAUCCAUUGAGUGCCAGCGCUCUCUCCUUGACGAAUAAAAACGUCUGGCACUCGAAAUGAGUAAAAUAGUCAAGUACUGCGCAUCAGGCCGCAAUCCGACUUAAUGGUUUAAGAUCUACGACGCGCCAUCGCAAUAAAGAAAUUCUUGAUGAAAGACAAAAAAUAUGAAUAAGUCGAAUAAUUUGUGGUCCCAGGAUCUCCUCAACAGCGUUGUCAUUCUCAGUACAAGCAAGCAUUUUCACUGCUUUGGGGCAACAUGAAAGCUUGUUGCGACGUUGGUGCUGUUACAUAGGGUCAGCCUUUUAGCAGACACUCCAUCAUUUCUCCUCAACUUAGCAAUUUAUUUAUAAUGUUAUUUUAAGCAUUUAUUGCAGCAAUCAUAUUCCUUGGCGCUCAUUCUUCAGCUAAAACUGAGACCACGUUGUCCAGUUUGCCUUGUCGUAGAUUUUUUAAAACUCUCAUUGAUUCUCAUAUUUCGAGCGAUAGACACAGUAUGUUAUUUAUAUUUUGAUUAUUUUCUGCCUUGUAGGUAUUAAGAGAUGCUGUCGGUUAUGGAUUUGUUGUUCGUGGCACUACGCCUGUAUAUGUUCAGACUGUUGAUCCAGACGGCCCUGCCGCAGCUGCCGGUGUGAAGGUCUGUACCUUUAACCUUUGUUUUCAUUUAGUCUUAAUUCCUGAUGUUGAUGUUGUUGUUGUUGUUGUCGUUGUCGUUGUCGUUGUCGUCGUCGUCGUUGUCGUUGUCGUUGUCGUUGUUGUUGUUGUUGUUAACAGUUCUUCUUGUUGUCGUUAUUGUUGACGUCGACGUAUUGAUUUAUUCACUUAUUUAUUUAUUAUAGUAAUGUAACCAAUGUUGUUGUUGUUUGUCUGUUUAUUUAUUUAUAUAGAUAAGACAGUAUAUUUACUCAGUGAAUGGCAAACACGUGCUAAGAUGGUCCCAUCAUCAAGUUGCAGAAGAAAUUUUGAAUUCACCAAACGUGGUUGAGCUGGUGGUUAUGAAUCAUUUCAGAGGUUCUUAGAAAAUUUCUAUUUUCUGUCUUGUCUUGAUUUCUGGGAAAGUAUUUUAAUUAAUUCGCGUUUGGCUGAAUUCGGAACGGUUCUCAAAUUUGAAUGUAUACCUUUCGCUUUCACACAGAACGCAAUUCCGUGUGAAAAAUGAAACCGGACAAGUUUGCAUACAUACGAUUCCGAAUUUGGGACGCUGGAACAACCAGG